AUGAAGCAGUGCUCAACACAGGAUUCCAUCACACUGGGGUUUUUGCUCUGGGCCAGGGUCAUCCCUACUGGAAAAGGGGCAUGUCAUGACACCUUGGCUCCUGGCUCUGCUGGCCAGGGCCGUGCUGAUCCUCCUCCUCUUUCCCAGCGUCUCACCUUCCCCCUGCUGUCUGUCACCCUUCUGGUAUCCUUUGGCUCCUCCAUGCUCUAUGGCUACAACCUUGCUGUGGUGAACUCACCGGCAGAGCACAUAAAAGCUUUCUACAACGCCACAUGGUCCCAGCGGUACGGACACGGGCUGGCCCCCGGGCCCCUGACUCUCCUCUAUGCCCUGACUGUCUCCAUCUUCGCCCUGGGUGGGCUGGUGGGCUCCUUGCUGGUGGGGGUGCUGGUGGAGCGGUACGGCAGGAAUGGUGCUCUGAGCCGCAGUGCUCUCCUCGUCCUCCUGGCCGGCGGCUUCAUGAGCUUCAGCCGGGAGCUGGGAUCCCCCGAGAUGGUGAUCAUCGGCCGCUCCAUCACGGGGCUCCACUCAGGUAUCUGUCUUAGUGUGGUGCCCCUCUACCUGGGAGAAAUCGCUCCCAAGAACCUGCGGGGGUUCCUGGGCCUCAUGCCCAGCAUCUUCAUCUGCCUGGGAGUUUUCUCUGCCCAGGUCCUGGGCCUCCCAGAGCUGCUGGGCAAGGACAGAUUCUGGCCCCUUUUCCUGUCAGUGGUGGUUGUUCCUGCCUCCCUUCAGCUUCUGCUGCUGCACUGCUUCCCUGAGAGCCCUCGGUACCUGCUGAUAGAGAGAAACGACGUCUGUGGGGCCACCAAAGCACUGCACCGAUUCCUGGGGACCCCUGAUGUACAGGAUGUGAUCAAGGAGAUGAAGGAGGAGCAGCGGUCGCUCUCCUCCAUGGAGAUGGUGUCGGUCUGGCAGCUGCUGCGGGACCGCUCCGUGCGCUGGCAGACGCUCUCGGUGGCGGUGGUGAACGCCGGCAUGCAGCUCUCGGGGAUCGAUGCCAUCUGGUUUUACACCAACACCAUCUUCGAGAAUGCCGGGAUCCCCGUGUCCCAGAUCCCCUACACCACCAUGGGCACCGGCGCCAUCGAGGUCAUUGCUGGGCUGAUCGGGUGCUUCACCAUCGAGAGGGUGGGCCGGCGGCCCCUCAUCAUCACCGGCUUCUGUGCCAUGGGUGUCUGCUCGGCUGGCAUCACCAUCUCCCUGCUGCUGCAGGCCGCCCUGCCCUGGAUGCGCUACAUCAGCGUUGCCUGCGUGGUCGGCAUCAUCGCUGGCUUCUGCAUGGGACCAGCUGGUGUCCCCUUCCUGAUGACAGCUGAGCUCUUCAUGCAGUCACACCGCCCAGCUGCCUACAUCGUGGGGGGCUCUCUCAACUGGCUCUGCAACUUCACCGUCGGCUUCAUCUUCCCCUUCUUGCAGAUGUCAGCCGGUGCCUUUUGCUACCUGGUUUUCUGUGGUGUCUGCCUGCUGGUGGCCCUGUACGUCUACCUUGUCAUCCCUGAGACCAAGAACAAAACCUUCAUGGAGAUCAGCCACAUCUUUGCCACACGCCGCUCUGUCCUCUCUGUCCCAGCCCAUCUCAUUGGGAUGAUGAAGCUCGAUGGCUAUGGGACUUUGGAGAGCAGCUCCCUGGAGGGCUCAGGCUCCAGCCUGCCCUGAUCUGAGUGUGCUGGGGGCAAUGGGGAUGGUGGAGGAGGCUUGGGCCUGGGGAAGGAUGUGGGGGCCAAUUUGUUCCAACCCAGUCACCGCUGGGUCUCCCAGCACAUCUCUCCAUGGCACAAUCUGUGCCCACAAUGAGCCCUAUUGAUGCACCAAGGCUGCAGUGACUGCUGGGCAUGACCCCCAUGCUGGAAGAGAUGCCCCCACAGAGACAAGGGAACCAUCCUGAGGCAAGGGUGCUCAAUGCUCCUGGAUGCAGGGCCUUGGCAAGAGCUUCUGGCAUGAGCUGUUAAUAAAGAGCAUUGCCACCAACGCCAUUGUUUGGCAAUUUUAGCCUGGAAUGGCAGCAAGCAGGUGUGUGCUGGAAU